AUGUCGAUGAUGGCAAGUCCACCGAUUGCUGUCGAUCAUCACACGGGAUUGCGCACUUCACAAAGGGAAUCCCGUCACGUACACGUUUCUUCUUUACCCGAUCACAUCAACGAGGACCACGUCAAUGCUCAUUUUUCAAAAUUCGGUCGGGUGCAGAAAGUGGAGCGAGUCGUUGAUGGGUUCAUUGUUUCAUUUAUGGAUGUUGGAUGUGCCCGAAAGGCCAACUCGACCGAGCAACGUUUAGACGGAUUUUCAUACAAAAUCUCCUUUCACGAUCACUCGAAAAGCUCGGUGAUGACCUCGGCGGCGUCGAUGUCGAGUCCUCGGGGGUCGAGCUCGAGUGUCGAGGGGAUAAAGAGAGCCGAGAGUCCGCAUCGAUCAAAAGAAAUACAAAGGUCACAAGGCGCUCAAAAUUCUCGCUAUUCGACCUCUUCCCCAUCGACAUCAACGGGGAAACGAGGCGAGCCGGAGAGGAGGAGAGAAUCCACGAGUACGAGAAAGAUUGAAAGCACCAUUCGCUCUCCCGCGGACCUCUCUGGACUCAGCUCGACGACACAAGGAUUGCAGGGUGUCUACCUGGAACGUUUACCCAAUCGAAGCGAGCAUUCUUUACGGUCGGCGAUCAUCGAAGCUUUGAAGAGAUACGGUCGAGCGUUUCACAUUCAAUUCGACGGAAGCGGUGAUGAGCGUCGAGCCAUUGUGCUAUUCAAUAGGGUUUCUGAUUUGGAUCGACUGCAGAGUGAAACAAUUCAAGUAUUGGGUGCUAGAGUCAAAUUGCGAUUGGCGAAUCAUGUGGCUGUUUCGGAGGCGAAUAAUGCCUACUUAAUGGCGAACUCGGCGAUAGCCUCGGGAACCCAGAUGGACAUCUCAGCGUCUACAUUAACCACGACAGCCGAGCUGCCCGCAAAAUAUUCGAGUCAUAACGGAAACGGAAAAGAGCCGGAAAGGCCACUUUCAGCUGGAUCCGGUGGAGAAGUUGAUGUCUUUCAUAAUAAGGCAAGUCGAACUCUUUACGUCGGCGGGUUGGAAUCGAAAAUCUCUGACGAAACGCUCAGGAAACGAUUUAGAUGUUUUGGGAGUAUAUUGGAUGUCGAUGUGAAAAACUACGAGUCUCCAUCUCCAUUCGCUUUCAUUCAAUUCUCCGAUAUUUUCUCGACUGUUCGAGCAAUCAAUCAUCACGCGAAUUUACCGGUUGCGAAUAAAAAGGCAAAGAAAUUUCAACCCUUCUUCGGGCGAUCGAUGCAAACGAACAAGCUGUGGGUGGGCGGCAUUCCGCCGAACGCCUCCGAGGAAUACGUGCAACAGAAAUUAAGCGCCCUCGACGGAGCGAAUAAUGUCAUUUUUGAUAUAAAAACCCGCGAAGCUCUCGUCGUCUUCCAAGGUCCUGAGAUUGCCCAAGCCGCUCUCAAUAAAAUCCGAAACAACGGACCAAAACCCUUCACCUUCAAAGACGGGAGUGGUGAGGCCCGAGUGCCCGCCGACUUUUGCUCGGAUCGGUUGCACGAUUUUUUCAUCGAUCGAAAACAUAGUCAGCUUCGUUCCUCCACCUCACCCCAUCCUGCGUCAAAUCAUUCGGAGGGGAGUCUCCCCGAUCGUGUCCUCACACCGCCACCGAAUCCACCACCAUAUCUUGGCGGCCUUUCAGCACAGGGACAAGAAAUGCCAUCGUAUAUCUCCUCACGUGAUUAUCACCGAUCAUCGGAUUCGUUGAGAAGAGAUGGACGGGGAUCGAUCUCACAAAAAAGACGGGAAAGAUCGAGAUCGAGAGAUCGACAAUCGAGAAGGGAACGAAUAAAGCCACAAAGCAGACAGCCAAGACAAAGGACAAGGAGAAGUCGAUCCAGAGGAGGCAAUAGGAGUGGAUCAUCAUCUUCUUCAUCUGAAAGCCGAAAAACAUACGAGAGUUUCUCCUCAUCGAGCUCAGCUGAUAGCCGUUAUCGACGAGAUCGAGAUCGGCGCUCGAAUGGAAAUCACGGGACAACGAAAAGAAAAGACAAUGAUCGAAAGUACACGAAAGAACAAGAGGAACGACCGAAUAAAAUAAAGGAAGCCGAACAUGAUUUCGGAAUGUUUUUCCCAAAACGAAGCACAUCAUUCCAAAAAAAUCAAUUCAACAAGCACGCUGAGCAUUCAACAAACAAAAGAGUUGCUCGAGAGAAGGAGAUGGUCCGAUCGGCGGAUAGUGGAUUUGGAGAAGAGACAGCACUGUUGCCCCCACCGCCGCCGCCAGCUCCAUCACCCCCGCCACCACCUCCACCAACGAUUCUAUCAUUUCCAUCGACUUCUUCGGCGACAAGGGAUCCAGAGGGGAUAAGCUUAAAGCACCCUGCACCGAUCGCUUGUCCCGCAUCUACCUCGUCAGCUUCGCAUCAUCUUGGAAAUCACGAGAAAAUCUCCACUCCUCAGCCCUCUCAAUCGCAACCUUCAAAAAGGCCUUCAUUAGACGUUCCACUUCCAUCUGGUUCGAUGACUCUCACCUCACCGAGUGCCAUCAAUACAUCAGCUCCACCAAAUCCAUUGAAGACUCCACCCGCACAGAUGCCAAGGAGACCCCGUCUCCCGAUGGCUUGUGCUAAUGGAAAAACCCUUACUGCUCCGUUGGAAUUGCUUGAUGCGAGCGUAAAAGAUCCUCGAAUUGGAAUGAAAGAAUAUCCAACAAGAAGGCCAACAAUUCUUUUGAAAAUCUCUAAUAUCUGGGCGAUUCAUUUCAAGAAAGAGAGAGCUGCUGGAGCAAACACGUCGAGUAUCGGCAAACCGUUGACGAAACCAGUUGAAACGAGUUUAUCUGGGCGAAACUCGCAGCCAACCCCGACCACUCCAGGCUCGAGGCAUGGGAGUAUCUCUUCGGAACAUGAACCACUAUCCAGACGAUCUUCUGGCGCGGUGAGCCCAGGGCCACUCAUUUCUCCGAAACAAAAACCCUCAACGAGCCAACCAAGCUCUUCUGCUGGAAAUGCACAUUCAAAGAGCUCUGAUGAAGAGGAAGAGGUGCAGAAAGUGAAAUCGCCACCACCGUCGAUUUUGGAUUUCAUCUUGAGAGAAUCGGAGGAAGAGAACAAAAAGACCGUGAAAACUUUAUCGACUUUGUACAAGAAAGUGAGUGCACUGGGGGACACGUUGAACUCGUUAGACACUUCGGUGAAACAAAUCAAAGAGGAGACUGAUAAGUCAACCGGUUCUUUGCCUAAAUCGGCAUCCUUGGAAAAGCACCAAUCGUUCGAGGUUGAGCUGGAGAAGUUGAAAGACAAGGAGAAGCUAAAAAUUGACGCCGAAAAGUUGAAGACGCUCUCUCGAUCGGCCCGGAUCUCGAACAAUUCCUCAGCUUGUUCCACUCCCGUCCACGAUCCUUUAUCUUCACUUCUUCCUCAAUCUCAUCCAAUUCAAUCGUCGGCUUCCACUCCACAACAUCAGCAAAACCCAUCGAGCCUCUCGAUUUCAAUUCCACCAAGCACGGUUGCCGGCGCAUCGACUCCAUCGGCUACUUUACCCAGUCCGAUCUCGCGCAAAGCCUCCGCCCCGCAGCCCUCAUCAAUCUCCAGCAAAACAGUGCCUCCACACUCAGCUCCAAUCCUUCCCGGUACUCCAUCUUCUGCUUCUUCUCGAUCCUCAACCCCAAUGGUUUUUCCACCGAAUUUCUCCAUUCCUCCACCACCAAUCCCAUCCACAUCUUCCUCACCGACGAGGAAUGAGCCACUUCUCUCAGCGCCUCCACAACCACCAGCACUACUGAGUGGUCAUCCGGUGCGAAGGGAUUCAACGGGAAGCAUUCAUGGAACUCCAUCCACUCAUCAUCCACCACCAAGCUCUCCAAAAGGCCAUGGAAACGAGGGAUCCACUGCGCCCACAACACCGAAAACGCAUAGACCCGAGAUGCAAUCGAGCUCCAAGCGUCCGGCAAUGUUACCCGGGCAGACGCGAGGACCCGACGGGAAAACGGCGAUUCGGGCUGAGUCGUUUGGUGGAUUGUCACGGAUGAACAGCCUCCCACAGACUCCAUCUCCACUCGUGCAGCGAUCGAUGUCCGUCAGUGAUUCGAAGAAAACCGCUCGUGAAGCAAAUGAUAUGAUUGAGAAAUUCUACAAUCGCACAUCUUUGUCGGCGGAUAUGAAAAAGUUGCCGAGAAUCGAGAAGAAACCCUCGAUUCAAUCGGAAUCUGGAAAAGACAAAGAAAGGGAAAAGGAAAUGGACAAGCACCGUGAGAAGGAGAAAGAGCACAAGCACAAACAUCGUGACAAGGAACAACGAGAGAAGGAUCACAAAUUGAAACGCAAAGAGGAUGGCACAUACGAGACAAAAGAGGAAAGAGCAAAGAGAAAAGAAAUCGAACGGUCAAAGAAACAAAAAGAUGAGAAGAAAAAGGAGAAGAAGGAAAAGCUGAAGAAAUUGGCUGAAAGCGAGAAGAAACGAAAAGAGAAGAAAGAGAAGAAAAAGAAGAAGAGAAAACACAGCGAGAGUGAAGAAGAAAGUGGAGAAGAUGAAGGGGACGAUGAUUAUGCGAAAACGAUGAAGUUGGUGCGUUUGUUGGCUGAAGAGGACGGGCCAAUUGGAGGAUCGAUGUAUGAUAGAGUGAAGAGAAGGAGCAGCGGAUUGAAUAAGGAUGAUCAAGAAAAGAAGAAAACGUUGGAAAUGCUGCGUGAGAAGAAUAAAGAUAAGCACAAAAAGCGGCGAGUGAUGACGAUGAGUGAUUCGGAUGAAGAAAAUGAGGAUGAUGAAGAAGAGCAGGAUAAGGACGAUGACUCAUCUGAAGAGGAGGAGGAGGUUGAAGAGAAAAAACCUUCAAAGCAAGAGAAAUCAAAGCAUACGCCAAAGCCCUCCAAGAACUACUCGACAAGCGAAAGCGAUGAAAGCGGUGAUGAGGUGAAAAAGAAGGAGAAAAAAGAGAAGAGGAAUUUCAACACCGAUGACGUUUUUGGCGAUAGCGAUGAUGAUGGAAGCAGCGUGGCGACAGGACCAUCGCUGUCCACAGAGAAACAUCGAUCAUCCGAGAAAAAAGGAAAAGAAGAGAAAAGAAACCGAAUCCGACGA